AUGGAGGGCAUGUUCUACAAUGUGACCGGUGGCUACGUCGAAGGCAUCGUACGAGGCUACCGCAACCAGCUGCUCACCGGCCAGAACUAUGGCAACCUGACACAAUGCGAAACGAUCGAUGAUGUCAAACUACAACUCGGACCUUCAUAUGGCGACUACCUUGCGAGCUUACCGCCCAACCCAUCCACUUCCGCCCUCGCAGACAAGACCAUGGACAAGCUCGUCGCCGAGUUCCGCUACCUCCAGGCAAAUGCAACUGGCAGCCUCGCAAAGUUCAUGGAAUACCUGACCUACGCCUACAUGAUCGACAACGUCGCCCUCCUCAUCACCGGCACCCUCCACGAACGCGACACACGAGAACUCCUCGAGCGGUGCCACCCCCUCGGCUGGUUCGAGACCAUGCCCGUCCUCUGCGUUGCCACGAACAUUGAAGAGCUGUACAACUCAGUCCUCAUCGAAACACCACUCGCGCCGUACUUCAAAGGCAGCUUGAGCCAUCAAGAUCUGGACGAGCUGAACAUCGAGAUCAUCAGGAAUACGCUGUACAAGAACUACCUGGAGGACUUUUACAAGUUCGUCAACGAAGAGCCGGGCAUUGCAGGUACACCGACGCAGGAGGUCAUGAACGAGGUGCUGGAGUUCGAGGCAGAUCGGAGAAGCAUCAACAUCACGCUCAACUCGUUCGGCACGGAGCUGAGCAAGCAGGACCGGAAGAAGCUGUACCCUAACUUUGGGCGACUGCAUCCGGAGGGUACGUUGAUGCUUUCGAGGGCGGAUGAUGCGGAGGGUGUGAGGAUAGCGGUGGAUGGUGUGCAUGACUACAGGACGAUGAUGGACCAGACGGGUAUGGGUGGUGGGAGUGGGCUGGGCAACCAGUCUGGUGGAAUUGGUGGCGACGAGGGUAAGAGCCUGGAAGAUCUGUUCUACCAGAAGGAGAUGGAGAUUUCGAAGAUCGCGUUUACCUAUCAGUUCACGCAUGCGGUGGCGUAUGCUUGGGUGAAGCUGAAGGAGCAGGAAAUACGGAACAUCACGUGGAUCUCGGAAUGUAUUGCUCAGAGCCAGAAAGACCGGAUUGGGAACUAUAUCAGCGUGUUCUAA